AUGUUAGACCUUGACCCGCGAUCCACUUGCAGCUGCCCGGUCUCGCACCCAGACAAUGGGACAAUAUCUCUACGAGUUAAUCACGGCAUCGAAGCAUCACAACGACAUAACACGGCAGUCUAUAGUGGAACCCCCAAGGACAGCGAAGACGCGAACGGCCUAGAAAAACAUGGAGGACUCCGGAGAAGGAAACGCGCAGCACCGGACAGAUCUGGAGUCAAGGAGCUGGCUAAAGAUCGAGUUGCAUGG